AUGAUCCACCCAAUCCUCGUUACCCUGUCAAUCUUACCAUUCAGCAUCAACGCUGAAACCACAAUUAGUCCGAUCAUCAUCGACGCUCAAACCUACGUGAAUUGCGCCCACGCCGAGAAAUUAUUACAGAUCGACUCUACACAGUAUGGUGUAGGUACGAUUCUAGAUGCCUGUUGGCAUCGCGGCGUCACGCUAGAUUAGCUUGCUUACCGGAUCAGCGCGAUGCCUGACCUUCGCGAGGACAUCGAAAACUAUGACUUCGCCGGGCUUUAUGUAUCUUGCGAGGACGUUUUCGCGGCUAAUUUGACAAGGCUGACCACCAGUUUGCUCGAGGGUUACGUCAAUUGCGUCGAACAAGAUGCGAUUAAUGACCUUUUGAAAAGCAAAAUUGAUGAGAGAUUUGGUUAUAUCAUUCAGGUUUACAAAGAUGGAAAUUCAUCAGUAACAGUGGACGAGCAGACUUUAGUAUCUUGUGGCAACGCCGCGAAGCACGUAAGUGUACUGUGCCGCGAGUACGGUCUAACGGGUGAUCAAUGGAGCAGGGGCUUCCUACGCUUCCACUAUAACGAUAAAUGGGCAGUCGAGGAGGAAGUAGUCGAAUUGAACUUUGGUUGCGAUCGAAUUUUCAAUGCCAAAUUACACGAGGAUGUGUACCAAAACUUCAUUGACGCUUUUGUUAAAUGCCAGACGACAUUGGGAGUCUACAGCGAGGUUAGAGAUGGUAUCGAGAAGAAGUACGCCGAACAAUUGAUGGCGUACAGAGGUGGAGCAAGUAGCAGCAGCGAUCUCCGUGGGUAUGUAAGCUGCAGACGCUUGAUUCCAAUAACCGUGGGAAACGACGCACUCAGUGUUUCCUGGUACGCCUACGACCAAUGCCGCUCCGAAGGACUGACCUACCAGCAACUUUGCAAUGGAGCGACAACUCGCGACAACGAACUCAGUGAUAUGCUACCGGGUGUAGAGAACGACGUUGACGAUAUGUACGUAAAAUGUGAAGAUGUAUUCAAUGAGGAGCUUCGGAGUUUUACGACGGGGUUGAUCAUUGAUUAUCGUGCUUGCGAUGAGAUUGGCAAGAUAAACAAGCAGGACAGGAUGACGUUGGAGAAGAAAUUCGCUAAGUUGUUCGAGCUGCUGGCAAGCGAGUUGCAAGACAGCCAAACAUGCAAAAAUGAGGGUAACACCAUUACAGAGGACCUAAUAUCCUGUUCCGGUCUCACGAACACAUUAGCUGACGAGUGUCGUCGUCAUGGUAUAACAAUCGGCCAAAAGCUCCGUGGAAUUGGCAGUUUGUCACACAUCCUUGGCGACAAAUGGUCGAACACCGAGCCACUUCACAAACUCUACAUCCGCUGUGACGAUGUGUUUGACAAGUAUAUCACUUAUCUGGACGAUGUACCGCUUGAGAAAUUUAUUCAGUGUCGCUGGAACGACGCCAUGAGCGAAGAUGAAUUGGCUUAUGUUGAUAUGAGAAUUGCUGAUGAGUACAAGAAUAAAUGGAAAAAAAACGAUACGAGGUUUGUUGAUGAUGCUGAUGUGCAGAUUUCAUCGACUAUUUCGUUCACUGAAGAACACAGAUCGGAAGAGGAAGAAACGGAAUGAUAUUAUACUUUUUCAACAGAUUUCGUUUAGAAUCGCUGUUGAGAUAAAUAAUUCUUUCAUUAUACAAUUCAUUAUAAAAUAGAUGGAGUGUCAAAUUAUUUGUUAUGUACAUUUUCAUAGAAAACAACCUUUUCAAUUCUUCGUAUAGGCUAAUACAUCACAAGUAGAUGUUAAUAAAAAUAAUAGCAUGUUUGUAAAUAUAUCUGUAAUUCUGUUGUUAUUGUCUGUCCGCAAAAAAAUUAUGUAACAAAAGCAUAAGCUAAUAUUUCGACGUACCAGCUCAUCAUAAUCAACCCACGCACGUGUCAAAGAUAAAACUCCCGCCGAACACUGCUCAAGGUUACUAAAAAAAAAGAAAAAGAAAAGGAAGAAGACCUAUUUCAUACGCAAACGAACCACAAAAAAGAAAAAAUAAUUGAAAGUAACGCAGACUACAGUUAGCGGGUUAUUUAUAAUAUCGAAGUGACUUAUGAACCGAAAAAAAACGACGUUUUAACGAAAGAGGAUGAGAUCGCUUCGAGGAAUCACAAAGCUAAAAAAGCAUUCGGGGAUUCUCAAGGUAAUUUUUCGUUCUCACGUACAAAUAACAGUCACGCUUCAGAUUUCGUUUUUUUGACGAAGGAGGAUGUUCAAAGGUUGAAGCAAUGUUAAAUUCGAUAAUGUUUGCCGGAGAUCUGAUAAUUUUUUUUCUAUCGUAGCGCGUUAUUAAUUUUGCAUUCACAUUCGGAUAACAUCAAAGAACUUAUUUGAAGUAUAAAUUUUUCAAAAAUUUAUAUGGAUUAUUAUAAUUAUAUGUACAUAUAAUAAAAUUUUGAUGGGCAGUUCUGAUUUUUUAUGAAAACGAAGAUAGUUUUUUUAAUAAAUAAAGUGUUCAAUAAAAUAUCUUUUAUGAAUCUC